AUGCCGCGCGGCUUCCUCGUCAAGCGCAGCCGGCGCCCCGGCGGCUCCUACCGGGCGCGCCCGCGGGAGCGGGAUCCGGAGCGGGACCAGCCGCCCGCCCCGCCGCCGCCGCCCCCGCCGCCCGCCGCCGGGGACAGCCCCGCCGGUAGGCAGGGGGCGGAGGAGGAGGAGGAGGAGGGCGAGGAGGAGGAGGGCGCCGCCGCCGCCGCUUGCCCCGCGACGUGGCCCCCCGGCGGCGGCCGCGGCGGCCCCGGGCUCGCCCCGCCGGAGGGGCCGGCCGCCUGGGGGGCAGCGGGGCCUUGCAGCGCGGCGGGGCCGCGGGCGGCUCUCUUCGAGCGCUGCCUCAGCUCCCCCGCCUCCGCCGAGUCCUUCCCCCUGGCCGCCUCCUUCCCGCCCGCCGAGAAGCUGCUGCUGCAGCCCCGCACGCCGCUGCCCGCCCCGCCGUCGCUGCCCGCGCUGAAGCGGCCGCCGCGGGCCAAGGCGCCGGGCAAGAAGGGCAAGGCCACGCGGAAGCUGAGCUUCGCCGACGAGGUGACCACCUCGCCCGUGCUGGGGCUGCGCAUCAAGGAGGAGGGGCCCGAGGGCCGGCCGGGGCCGGGGCCGGCGCCGCCGGCGGGGCGCACGCCGCUGGGCGAGUUCAUCUGCCAGCUGUGCAAGGAGCAGUACGCGGACCCGCUGGCGCUGGCCCAGCACCGCUGCUCCCGCAUCGUGCGCGUCGAGUACCGCUGCCCCGAGUGCCACAAGAUCUUCAGCUGCCCCGCCAACCUGGCCUCGCACCGCCGCUGGCACAAGCCGCGGCCCGGCCCCAGCGCCGACGGCCCCGCCGCCCCGCCGGGCAAGGAGAACAGCCCCGAGCGGCGGCCCCGCGGCCCCGCCGCGCCCCCGGCCCAGCCGCCCCGUCAGCACCGCGGCGGCGCGGAGAGCGCCGGCGGCGCCCCGGCCCCCCCCGGCCCCGCUCCCGGCGGCCCCGGCGGGGAGGCCUUCGCCUGCCCCUGCUGCCAGAAGCGGUUCCGGCGGCAGGCCUACCUCCGCAAGCACCUGGGCACCCACGGGGCGGCGCGGCCCGCCGCCUACGGCCCGCCGGAGCGGGGGCAGCUCGCCUUCGCCUGCCACCUCUGCGGCGCCCGCUUCCCCUCGGCGGACAUCAGGGACAAGCACCGGCUGUGGCACGCCGUGCGGGAGGAGCUGCUGCUGCCGCCGCCGCCGCCGGCCGGGCCCCCCGAGGGCGGCGCGGCGGGCGGCGAGCGGCAGGGCUUCCCCUGCAAGCACUGCCCCGCCACCUUCUUCAGCGCGCCCGGGCUGGCGCGGCACGCCAGCAAGUGCCACCCGCCGGAGAGCAGGCAGGUCCUGCUGCUCCAGGUGCCCGUCCGGCCGGGCUGCUAGGCCGGCGGCCGCCCCCGCGAUGGGAUCGCUCCGGGAGCCCGGGCGAGCCGAGCGAGUCCCGUCCGUGCUGUAAUUCCUAUGGAAAGUCGCCGUACUCGCAGCUACCACGGCGGAGGAGCCGCCCGCGGACCC